AUGGUACCAUUAUCUUUCCCCCAAACACUGAUGAUGAGUUCAAAACAAGUUCUGACUACCAAGUCACAGGAAAAACCGGCUGAGCUUGAUAGCAGUCUCUUUGAUUCCUCCGAUUUCAGUGAGAAUUACUUGAGAAAGUCUCUCUUGAUCAACGGUGCAAUCAAUGAAAUUGGGUUCGGGCGCUAUCAGUAUGGACUCUUCAUAGUUGCUGGCUUUGGAUGGUUUGUGGACAAUGCCUGGCCUUCUGCAACAUCUUAUAUUUUGCAGCGAUUAAAUGAAGAGGAUAAAGUACAUUCGCCUCCAAACCGCGCACCAUACUUAACGCUUGCUCAAAACUUAGGACUUCUAGGUGGAGCCGCAUUUUGGUCCUUCCUUUCGGACAUUGUUGGAAGAAAAUGGGCAUUCAGCUUGACCUUUUUAUUUACGGGCGUAUUUUCUGUUGCAGCUGGUUCUUCACCAACAUUUGCAGCAAUUGGAGUCUUUUGUGCGUUAUGGAGUUUUGGCGUGGGUGGAAAUCUUCCUGUAGAUUCUGCAAUAUUUUUGGAAUCAUUGCCGUCGAAUAAGAAAUGGCUUUUGACAGUUAUGUCUAUCUGGUGGAGUUUGGGACAGAUCGUUACCGCGUUGUUGUCGUGGGCUUUGAUCACAAAUUACAGUUGUCCCGACACAGCAACUGUGUGCAAUUCAAAGAAUAAUAAGGGUUGGAGAUACUUUCUUUUCACACUAGGUGGGUUAACCUUGGUAAUGCUUGCCGCAAGGUUUCUUUUUCCCGUACAUGAGAGUCCCACAUUCUACUUAGGAAAAGGCAAUGACGCCAAGGCUAUGGACACCAUUAAUUUCAUUGCGAAAAUUAACAAGAGCAAUCAUAAUCUCACUUUAGAGGACCUCCAGGCAGUUGAUGAUAUUGUUCUGGACGCUUCUCUGGAGCCCGAAAAUCAAUUGUUGGCGAAUCGCAUAAAGAGGUACAAUUUCUCCCACAUCAGAGAAAGCUUUGGCUCUAGGGAUCUAGCUAUUUCUCUGACUUUGGUGAUUUUGACUUGGGCACUUGUUGGGCUUGCCUUUCCCCUCUACAAUGCCUUUUUACCAACAUAUUUGGAACAAAAAGGUUCAGCGAGCGAAGCAUUGAGUGUUUCGAAAACUUACAGAAACACUUUGAUUGUCGCUGUGGUGGGACUUCCUGGAGCAAUAAUUGCAGGAAUAUUAGUCGAGCUUCGUAUUGGAAGAAAAGGAACAUUGGCAGGCUCUCUUUUAAUGACAGGCAUUGUUCUUUUCGGUUCUACGACUGCGAAAACAUCAGACUCGUACCUUGUGUGGAAUUGUUUUUUCAACUUCUUUUCCAACAUCAUGUACGGUGUUCUUUAUGCUUACACCCCUGAAGUAUUUCCAACUAGGAUCAGAGGAACAUCAGUUGGACUCGCAGCAUCAGCUAAUCGUGUCUUGGGUGUCUUUGCACCCAUCAUUGCUAUAUUUGCUGACUUGACUACAUCGGCACCAAUAUUCGUAUCUGGAGCACUAUUUUUGUUAUCAGCGGUGUUAGUUUUAUUUUUCCCGUAUGAGCCACGUAGUAAGUACAGUUUAUAA